AUGUCGAGUAUGCCAUUCUCCCACGAGCCCAGAAAUGGCAACCUCGCUGCUCCGCGAGACUCAUUAGAGCUCGCCUCUCUCGCGUCCUCGUCGCCAGCCUCCGUCGGUGGCUCCUCGCGCUCCUCCUCACCCGACGGCAUCUCGUCCUCGCGCAAGCUCUCCCUCGAAGACGAAGAUCCUCUAGCUGGCGAGGAUGGAGAUGUCUACCUCCAAAGCGGCCGUCCACGAGGAUAUAGCACCUACUCAAUAUCCUCCGCAUUCGAUUUUGGCCGCAACCUCUUUCCAUUGUCGCAAACACAAGCCGCCGGGUAUGCGCCCCUAGGAACCCCGUCUGCACUCGACCGACAAGGAGAUGGUUCGCUGGAGCGGAAUAAGACCCUGACGUAUUUGAAUGGCCUGUCGCUCAUUGUGGGAUUGAUUAUUGGGUCGGGCAUUUUCUCCUCCCCCAGUCAGGUCAACGCCAACGCGGGGUCCCCUGGUGCCUCGCUCAUUGUUUGGGCUGUGGCGGGUGUACUGGCAUGGACUGGAGCAGCUAGCUAUGCAGAAUUGGGAGGAGCAAUUCCUUUGAAUGGAGGAGCUCAGGUCUAUCUAUCCAAGAUCUUCGGCGAAUUAAUGGGCUUUCUGUUCACAUGGAGCGCAGUGCUGGUAUUGAAGCCCGGCUCUGCAGCUAUCAUUUCGAUCAUCUUUGGAGAAUACAUCGUGCGAGCGUUCGUCGGUGCCGACGUGGAAAAUGUCAGCCCGUGGAUCAACAAGGGUGUUGCAUUCGGAGGACUUUUCACCGUGACCCUAUUCAACUGCAUCUCUACCAAGAUUGCCACCCGCAUCGGUGAUCUCUUCAUGUUCUUCAAAUUCGUCGCGCUGGUUGGUGUCACCGUCACGGGUAUCGUGGUGGCUGUGACAGGCGUUUCGUCCAAAGGAAAAGCCAACACAGAAUGGAAGACCACCGGCUGGUUCGAGGGCACCAAUACCGAAAUCUCCGACUUUGCAGUGGCGCUGUACGCGGGGCUGUGGGCCUUUGAUGGAUGGGACAAUACUAACUAUGUGACGGGCGAAUUCAAGAACCCAAGUCGCGACCUGCCACGCGUGAUUCACACUGCGAUGCCACUGGUCAUUCUGUCCUAUCUCAUGGCCAACGUCUCGUAUUUCCUCGUUCUGCCCCAUUCUACCAUCGAAGCCAGCAAUACUAUCGCCGUUCAGUUCGGUAGAAUGGUGUUUGGCCCAGCGGGUGCCGUCAUUCUAGCGCUCGUGGUCGGUGCUAGCUGUUUCGGAGCCUUGAAUGCUACCACCUUUACCAGUGGCCGACUUAUCUAUGCAGCCGGCAAGGAAGGCUACCUCCCAUCUUUAUUCGGCCGCAUCGGUUUCUCCAGCUCUUCGUCCCCGACUCCCCCAGCAGGCAGCCGUCUCCGCCGACGCUCAUGGGCCCGCAAAUCCCUUUCUCGUUUCUUUGGCGAUGAAUCCGGACUUGGAUACACCCCUAUAAAUGCCAUGGCCUUGAAUGCCGCGUUGACCACUGUCUAUAUCGUCGUAGGCGAGUUCGGCACUCUGGUCACGUUCUACGGCGUGGCCGGUUACACCUUUUACUUCCUUACCGUUCUCGGUCUGAUUGUCCUGCGCAUCCGCGAGCCGCAUCUAGAACGCCCCUACCGCACAUGGAUCACCACCCCGAUCAUCUUCUGCUGCGUAAGUCUGUUUCUCCUGAGUCGUGCCAUCAUCGCCGAGCCUCUCCAGACCCUGAUCGUGGUCGCCUUUAUCAUUACCGGUGUGCCGGUAUACUACUGGCGUAUCUACCAACGGGACGGGAAGAACGCCGUUACAGGAUGGAAGUUUUGGAAGUGGCACGCUCGUUAG